AUGGCAGAGAGCUCAACUCCAUCCGACCACAAGGCCACCUCAAAACUAAAGCUUUUCGGUUUUCCAUUGACUGAGCAACAUAAAAUCCUAUCGAAAACAGAAAAUAGUUUAGGAAACAGGAAAUUCGAGUGCCAGUUUUGCGACCGAGCUUUCGCCAACUCACAAGCACUAGGAGGCCACCAAAAUGCUCACAAAAGAGAGCGCCAAAGAGCAAGAUGUACCCAAUACCUUUGUGACCGACGAUUCAUGGCAGCUGCACCAGUUCUUUGCUCACAUGCUGUCAAAUCACCACCAUCCAUUUAUCCAAGAGGAUUAAUUGCUAGCAAUAGUACUACUGCUAAAUUUAGGCCUCAGUUAGCAAGCUAUUACCCAUCGCAGCCCUUGUUGUUUCCAUCAUCUCCUCCUGAUCAUCACUUUCCUUCUCAAAUUUAUAUCACGCAACCAUUACAUGUUGCAGCUACAAUGCCAUCUUUUAUUCAAGUACCUGGUAAAUUUUGUUCCGCAGAUGAUGAUGUAGGGAUUGAUCUCUGUCUUAAACUUCCCCCUCUAGUUAGAUCAGAUUUAGUGUUUAAUUGUAUGUAG